GUCAUGCUGACCGACGCAGACCAGGCCAUGGCCGCGGCCUUGAGGGAGUGGAAGACCACCGUGCACCUGUGGUGCUUGUCGCACCUCAACAAGAACGUGGUCAAGCACUGUUCCUCGUCCUUUUCUGACAUGAAGACACGGGAGAAGAUGCUCCGUCUAUUCAGAAACGCUGCGUACGCCGCUACGCCGGAGACCUUCGCUGCGUACCGGGCUGACCUGGAGAGGACCGUCAACGGCAAGAAGUGCGACCAGUACAUCCGGGACCUUCUCGAGGAGAAAACGAAGUGGGCCUUCUCCUGCCGGCUGACAGCGCUCACGCUGGGCAUGUUUGCCACGCAGCGCACCGAGGGCAUGUUCGGGGUGGCGAAAAAGUCCGGGAUACACAAGAACCUGUCUCUGUGCGCGCUGUGGGACCGCCUUCAACAUGUGUACCAGACAGUGGACAUUGAGCACGGCAGGGAGAAAACGAAGUGGGCCUUCUCCUGCCGGCUGACAGCGCUCACGCUGGGCAUGUUUGCCACGCAGCGCACCGAGGGCAUGUUCGGGGUGGCGAAAAAGUCCGGGAUACACAAGAAGCUGUCUCUGUGCGCGCUGUGGGACCGCCUUCAACAUGUGUACCAGACAGUGGACAUUGAGCACGGCAGUCGAUACAUCUACCCGUUCCCCUUCCUGGUGCUUACCGUACUGUUUUCCCGGGGAAGCAACCCUACCACAUCACAGUGCGCCCCUGUCCACUGCACUCUGCAGGAGGCUAAGGACGAGCUCGGAGCAUCCCAGUCGUACGACGUAGAAGUCAUCUGCGUAGGAGCAGCAGACGCCGAAGGCCGCCCCGUGCCUCUGGAGGGUGGUGUCCUGCGUCAACAGCUUGAGGCCGCACACUUCGACUUCAACCUUUGCGAGGAAGCGCCGCCCGACACUGACCUGGAAAUCGACUGCAAGCUUGGCCCUAGGCUGAAUCGACCGAGGACAACACCGUUUUGGGCGCGUACGUCUUUGGAGGCGCUGUUGGACCUCGUCAGCCGAGUUCCCGUCCAUCUUGCCGCCGCCGUGCGGUACAAGCUCACGCCUUCACGGCCGGGCCAUAUUGUGGUAUUCGGCCCGGGUGGCUUCUACUUGUGCUCUUGGCUGAAGAUUUUGCGCCACGGCCUACCAUGCAGGCACUACUUUGCCGUGCUAGUUCGCUUCAUCGGCGGCAAGUACGGGGGAGUCCUGCUUAACCACGAGUUCGACGGCAACAGCGUGCACACACGCUGCCGGCAAUCACCAGACGGCAGCGACGCGCCGUGGACCGUCUCCAGAGUGUUGGAAGGGGCAGGCCACGGCGACGGCUGGGAUGGAUGUGACCACGGCUAAGACAACUUCUGGGGGCCGACGAACGACGACGACGGCGGGGAGGGCGGCGUGCACCCCGCAGAACGUGCGGCAAAAGCAGCCGCGGAACGAUCGGCGAGUGACCAUCGCCGCGUGUUCGCGACUCUGAUGGCCAAGAACAAGGAAAACGUCACCGAACUAAUGAGGACGGUUCCACACGCCAAAGCCUUGGAGAUACAGGCUGAACUGGACAAGUGGAUGAGGUUCCAGCUUGCCGAAGCUACCGGCGAGAACAAGAGCGGGAAUCCAGCGCAGGUAAAAGCGAAAGGGAGGCCUAAGAAAUCCAAGUCGGAGGGAUCAAAGCAGGACCGACACGAUGACAACGGUGCGCCUGCCGACAGCGGGUCUGUUCAACCAGUCGGUAACCCGGAAGGGCGGACGGACAAGAGCCGGAGGGAAAAAAGGAUCAAAGACGUCUCUGGUGCUGGGUCUGGAGCAAAGACCCGUCGGCCUACCAAAGAGAAAACGUCGUAGCGUACAACACGUAGUCCCUAGCAACAAAUCAACGGCCGGGACACAUAGAUAGUUCGAAUCGUGUGCCGCCCUUGUCAUCUCGUUCUCGGCGUUGCCAGUCCAUAUCACCUCUUGCGUACUAACGCUGCACAGCUACUAGCGGACGUUGCAGGCUAAGCCUGAUGUUUGGAAUUGCACACGACAAAGUACGCGCUAUGCGUGCUAUCUGGCCUUGUCUGCCUGCUCGUUUUUCGGUUUAUCUUUCUGUCUUUUGUUAAUUUUUUUUCGCUGGGCCGUGUUUAUGUUGGGGCGUUUUGGUUUACCUACGUUUUGCAGGCGCAGCUAACCGAGUGUCGGACCUGGUCGUUAGCGUUGAAUACAAUGAUAGUCUUGCACGCAAUGUCUGUCAACAUCCUCUCCAA